AUGAGUCAAGGAAACUUUGCCCAAUUCAAGCUUGUUCUCUUGGGAGAAAGUGCGGUUGGAAAGAGUUCUAUAGUCCAUAGAUUCGUUAAGAACACCUUUGAUGACAUGAGAGAAUCAACCAUUGGUGCCGCCUUCUUAACCCAAUCCAUAACCUUACCCGAAUCUAAAACCACCAUUAAGUUCGAGAUAUGGGACACAGCUGGUCAGGAGAGAUACAAGUCGUUGGCCCCAAUGUACUACAGAAACGCCAAUGCUGCACUUUGUGUUUACGACAUAACCAGCAAGGCAUCCCUUAUCAAGGCACAAGACUGGAUUAAAGAAUUAAAGAAGCAAGCUCCUGAGGGCAUAGUAAUCUCGUUGGUGGGUAACAAAUCCGACUUGACCGAGAAUAGAGAGGUCGAAGAGGGAGAAGUUGACGAAUACAUUAGACAAAUGACUGAGGAUGGAAGUGUGAUCAUCACCUCAGAAUGCUCCGCAAAGACUGGUGACGGUGUGUUGGAUAUUUUUAAUAAGAUUGGCAGGGCUUUGCCCGUUGAAGAGGCAGUUGGGGGAAACAGAUCCAGACAGGCAGGAAGAAGACCCGGUGGAGUGGACUUGGGCAGAACAAACAGACAGCAGACCCAAAGCUCUAGUUGCUGUUGA